AGCACGGAGAGUGGGGAUCGCGCGAAGCCGCGGCGGAAGGUUCAAUUGUUGGUGAACCGUCGCGAGGAGCGGUCGCGCGUGAUAAGGCUCGCACGAUAGAAGCGCGUGCCUCGUAUCGCGAUCGGUGCGUGCACUCCGUGGAGACGUCCUCGAUACCGGGUUGUCGUCGCCAGGUCCGCGCUGUGCCGAGACGCGCCAGGAUUUGUCAGAUAACGGAGAGAUGCGUGCCGCGAAUUGCCGCGACAGUGACGUGGUGAUCCGUUCGCCGUUACGUUGUAGACGCGAGUAAGCCCGUGGAAAUCUAACCCAGUGACCGAAGCGGAGAAACCACCUUCCCCUGUUUCUCUCUUUACUUUUACUCCCCGUUUCGACCCCGUUCGGUUUCCCCGCACCACACGGAUACUUUUCAACGAGGAUAAUAGCUGGCUGUGAUAAUCGCUGCGAGUGAAAUUUUUGAUAGUCUUCUUCUUUUUUUUGUGCGACUUUUGUUGGCGAGCCGUGUGGUUCGUCGGCUCGGCAUUCGCGGUCGUCGCGGCUCGCCGUACGAGCCGACAACGGAAAUUUCGGAUUAUCCGACCACCGUUUGGAGUUGUUGAUACGGUUGACGCAUCGUCGUACCGGCAGCGGCCAUGACGGCGGACAGCCUGUUCGAGACUACCAGCAUCCCGGGGCAUCUCGCUCCCACGCCCCAGAGACUGGAGAGGCUUCUCUCGAAACAGACCCUCGAGGAGCUGUACGAGGUCGAGGAACAACCUUUCGCACGGGGCAAGUACGCGACGGUGAGGAGAUGUCGGGAGAGGUCCAGCGGAAGGCAGUGGGCCGCCAAGUUCUUGAGGAAGCGGAGACGAGCGCAGGAAUUGAAGGCGGAAGCGCUACACGAGGUCGCGGUGCUGGAUGCUGCGGCGAAUUGUUCUCGGCUGGUGUCGCUUCAUCAGGUCUUCGAGACCAACAACGAAAUGGUCUUGGUUCUCGAAUUGGCCCCCGGCGGUGAGUUACAAAUGAUCCUGGACAGAGACGAGGUCCCGGACGAGCGACAGGUCGCCAGAUUGCUGAGACAGAUUUUGGACGGAAUAGCCUUCCUGCAUUCCCUGAACGUGGCCCAUCUAGACAUCAAGCCGCAAAACUUGGUCCUUACGGGCGAUUUCCCCGAGUGCGACGUGAAGCUGUGCGAUUUCGGGAUCUCGCGAUACAUCAGCCACGGCGCGGACAUACGAGAGAUACUUGGAACACCCGACUACGUUGCCCCGGAGGUCCUAAACUACGAGCCGAUCAGCCUGGCGACCGACAUGUGGUCCGUCGGAGUGCUGCUGUACGUCCUGUUAACGGGAUGCUCGCCGUUCGGCGGCGACACGAAGCAGGAAACGUUCUGCAACAUCAGUAGAUGUCGGCUGGACUUUCCCGACGAUCUGUUCGAAGACGUGUCGGAGGACGCGCGGGAUCUGAUGCGCAAGCUGAUGAUCAAGGAUCCAAAUGAGCGCCUGACCGUCACCGAGUGCCUGCAACACUCGUGGUUCAGCAUGUUCGACGAUCCUCAGCCGCCUCUCUCUUGCCCGGGGCUGGAUCAAGCAGCGAUGGAGACGAAAAACACGAGCGCGACCGCGUCCCCUCAAGAAGCCAAGUCGCAGGUGAAGUCCGCCGCCGCUGCGACGGAGCUGUCGGCGAUCUCGUCCACGCCGAAGAAGGACACGGAGAAACACAACCAAAGGUCGGCGACCGAUAACGCGUGUCAGGUCGCGGAAACGAAGCCGUCGGUGGCCGCGUCGUCGUCGACGACGGCGACGCGAGCGGUCUCCUCGCACACGGAGAACUUGUACUCGAAGUCAAAGUUAUCCGCGAAGCCGAUCCGGUUCGGUCUGAGCCCCGACCGCAGGGACACCUUCAAGAGGAACAUGGACUCGCUGGCGCAGAAGUUUUCCGGCGCGGAGAUCGUGAUAAUCGAGCCCGCUUCCUCCAUGCGCACGAGCGUCGCGAGCAGCAACUCCAGCGCCGUGACCACCGUGACGCAGAGAAGGGCGACGGCGACGCACACGAUGCCCGCCGGGGAGGUGUUCAAAUGCACGCCCGUCUUCAUUCUGGGCGAGGAGCAGCAGUGCAGCGACAGCGGCAGCGACACCGUCUCCGAGAUCUCGACGGACAGCUCGAGCGACCGGAGCAGCAUCUACUCGGACGACUCGCUGGAUUGUAUAUUAUUCGGGAAGAGCCAGGGCAGGGCUAGUUACCCGUUCACGGCGACCGAGGUGUCGUCGGACAGAUGGGAGCAGAGGCAUCAUCAUCAGCAUCAUCCGAGGGCGUGGCCGAGGGAGUGCAACGGAGUCGUGAGCAAAGCUCUCAGCCGGUUCACGUCGGAAACUCCGAACGCGAAGAUCGCGAAGCUCUCGAGUCCGCCCGCGGUUCACGGGAAGACCGGGCUGGAAGCGCUCCGCGAAAGGGGCGGCAAUUUCGUGGUGAUCCGCGAGCCCGUCAGGGCCGGUAGGUACACCAGGUACAGCGAAGUGCAGUGCGAGUCGGUGCAGGCACGGAUUCGACGGUUCCAGGUUCACGGAGCUUCGUAGACGUAUGACGGGGACGCGCGUCUAGUCCCAAAUCGGUAUUCUCGAGGUGCCUCGGCCACUGUCAGGCCUCGAGCUCGAGUCCGCGAUCGUUUCGCAGAUCGCGGUCUCGUUGUACAUAGCAAUCUACGGUGUACAGUGUACAGUUGGACGGUGCACGCGUUGCAACGGGUCGGGACGGUCCACGAUCGGACGAAUCGAAGGGAUCGACGGAGCGUGCCAAGAUAUACGAGUCGCGAGGCAACGCUGUUUCUCCGAAGGAAUCGUUUUCUUCCAAGAGUAGCCUAGUCGUUCCUUCCCUCCGACGCGUUGCAACGUCCGCUGCACCGAACGUAUCGUCGUCGGUGUAAAUACGUAAAGGGUAUGCGUGCGUGUGGGUGUGUGGCGGGUGCCGAUCGUUCGUAACGCGUGAUUGUAAAUAUUCGGACAAUCGAGAUUCUAAGCGAACGAUGAACAGCGACCGAGCGUAGACCGUGUUUUAUCGUAGGGUAACGCGAGAAUGGGUGAGAGAUCGUUCCACGUUGUAAAUAAGAGGGAUUCGGUUCGAGGUUGGCAGCAGGUUGAAUGAUAGAACGCGAUGGAGUGCGAUAGAUUGCGCGCGAGAGAGUGAGAGAGAGAGAGAGAGAGAGAGAGAGAGAGAGAGAGAGAGAGAG